CCGACGAAGUUUCUCUCUUCUGUCGCCCAUGAGGGAGGAAAAGUUUCCACACUCCUGUCACUUGCCGGGCCGGGCAGUUGCUAAGGGCAACCGCGCGCCGACCAAUAGCAAAGGCGCUCUCCAGAGCGGGACGGGCGAAGAGCAGCGCGACGGGCCAAUGGCGCGCUUGGAGGGGGCCUUGAGGGCGGAGCGCGAGUCUCCUUGAGCCCCGUGCUGCUUUGCGGCCUAGUCGGGUGCUGCAGGUGACCGACCGACCUCGGGGCGAUGGGAGGCGGCGGCAGCGCUUCGCGGAGAGUCACCUUUGAGGCGGACGAGAACGACAACGUGACGGUGGUGAAGGGCGUGCGGCUGUCUGAAAAUGUUAUCGAGCGGAUGAAGGAGCCCUCUUCUCCUCGCGGACGGCCUCAGCAGAAACCGGAAUCUGGUGGUCAUGGCGUGGGUGGAGGCACGAAAGUGAAUGAAGAAGACCUAAAGAGAAGAAUAGCGGAAGAAUUGGCAUUGGAGCACGCCAGGAGAGAUGCUGAAACUCAGAAACGAUUAAAACAAGAUGAAAGACACGCACGGGAUGAAAUUAGUAAAGUCCUCGAGCGAGAACGGGCUGCCUCGAAUGAGCAUUUGGGCAGAGCCCUUUUCAGAGAGAGAGCCGCAAGCGAAGAGGAACGCCUGAAAGCACAAAUGUUGGAGAUGGAAAUUAAGGCCAAGCAGCUGGAAGAGAAAGACCGAGAGCUGAAAAAGCAUGACGCUUACUACAAAGAGCAGCUGGCUCGGCUGGAAGAGAGGAGCGCUCAAUUCUACAAAGUUACCACGGAGGAAUUCCAAAAAGCCGUCAACGAGGUAGACGCCAGAUUCAAGCGCUACAAGUCUCACCCGGUCUGUGCCGACCUGCAGGACAAAAUCCUCCAGUGCUACCAGCAGAACUCUCAGCAGACGCUCAGCUGCUCGGCCCUGGCCCACGAGUACUUGAAAUGCGUCAAUCUUGCCAAGCAGAGCAUGGCUGGCAGAGGCGGGUAAAGGUCCUUCCACUUCGAGCGCCGAUCCGUCAAUCCCAACUCCAGCAGCAGAACAAGGUGCUUUCUUUAUGAGCGAUCCCACCGCCCCUUUACGGAGAGGGCAGGAGAGAGCAAAUCCGGAAGGGCCAGAUCAAGACCAGCGGACGACGCAGCUCAAUCAAUGCGACCGAGACCCGUACCUUCAUGACGCUUGAAAUCGCACGUCCGAGGGCAGCUCGUAAAACCCACUCGCCGGUGAUUGAAGAAAGGCAAGGCAGAAAACUUGCACUGACCUUAGGGGAGGGAAAUCUCUCUGCCAGGUCCUCUAGUUCUUUUGCCACAGAUCCGUCCCGCACUGCCACCCCCUUCCCUGGAUCGUCAUUGGCUGCCUGCUGCGCUCUUCUAAAUGUUCUGUUUUCCUUGGCCUAAUCACGAGGACGUUGGUUUAAUUUAUUGCCAAAAUUAUGUAACCGAAAGGGUCGUCCAUCUUCCCCCCUCUGCCGGAAUCAUGUUCCUCGAAGCUUCUGUUGCGCUGGAGUUCAUUGAUUGCAAAUCACGAUUCUAAUAAGGCGUUUGAUUAUUUUGUAACAGUAACCUAUGACUGUGCUGCACUCUCACCAAAUACUGACAAUUAUGUCUUUUCAGUAUCCGUAAUAAAAAUUCAUUCUGUGA